CUUCCCCCUCUUCGACCUCCUCCUCCUCAACAGAAUUCCUUUUUUAAGUCGUCUUAUCCUUCUCCACCGAAGUCUUUUUGUUCUCUUGUUCCCUUCGAUUAGCUGUGAGAGAUUGUGAUCCAUGGCGAAAGGCGAGGGUCCGGCGAUCGGGAUCGAUCUCGGGACGACCUACUCGUGCGUCGGGGUGUGGCAGCACGAUCGGGUGGAGAUCAUUGCCAAUGACCAGGGGAACCGCACCACCCCAUCUUAUGUUGCCUUCACAGACACCGAGCGGCUCAUCGGCGAUGCCGCCAAAAACCAGGUUGCCAUGAACCCCACCAACACCGUCUUCGAUGCGAAGCGAUUGAUCGGUAGACGUUUCAGUGACCCCUCUGUCCAGAGUGACAUGAAGCUAUGGCCGUUCAAGGUCAUCCCAGGCCCUAAUGACAAGCCCAUGAUCGUGGUCCAGUACAAGGGCGAGGAGAAGCAGUUCUCUGCUGAGGAGAUCUCAUCCAUGGUCCUCAUGAAGAUGAAGGAGAUCGCUGAGGCCUAUCUUGGCUCUACUAUUAAGAACGCAGUGGUCACAGUCCCGGCCUACUUCAAUGACUCCCAGCGCCAGGCCACCAAAGAUGCUGGUGUUAUUUCUGGCCUCAAUGUCAUGCGAAUUAUCAACGAACCCACCGCUGCUGCCAUCGCCUAUGGCCUCGACAAGAAGGCUGGCAGCUCCGCCGAGAAGAAUGUUCUCAUCUUUGACCUCGGUGGUGGCACCUUCGAUGUCUCUAUCCUAACCAUUGAAGAGGGUAUCUUUGAGGUGAAGGCUACUGCUGGUGACACUCACCUUGGCGGCGAGGACUUCGACAACCGGAUGGUCAACCACUUUGUUCAGGAGUUCAGGAGGAAGCACAAGAAGGACAUCAGUGGCAACCCCAGGGCCCUGAGGAGACUGAGGACGGCUUGCGAGCGAGCAAAGAGGACCCUCUCUUCCACUGCUCAGACCACCAUCGAGAUCGACUCCCUCUAUGAGGGUAUCGAUUUCUACACCACCAUCACCCGUGCAAGAUUCGAGGAGCUCAACAUGGACCUGUUCCGGAAGUGCAUGGAGCCGGUGGAGAAGUGCCUGAGGGAUGCUAAGAUGGACAAGAGCAGCAUCCAUGAUGUUGUUCUUGUGGGCGGGUCGACCAGGAUUCCCAAAGUGCAGCAGCUUCUUCAGGACUUCUUUAAUGGGAAGGAGCUCUGCAAGAGCAUCAACCCUGAUGAGGCUGUUGCCUAUGGUGCUGCUGUCCAGGCUGCCAUCUUGAGCGGCGAGGGCAAUGAGAAGGUCCAGGACUUGCUGCUGCUGGAUGUCACCCCUCUCUCACAAGGUUUGGAGACUGCUGGAGGGGUUAUGACGGUCUUGAUUCCGAGGAACACCACCAUCCCGACCAAGAAGGAGCAGGUCUUCUCCACCUACUCGGACAACCAGCCUGGUGUCUUGAUUCAAGUCUAUGAGGGUGAGAGAACCAGGACCAGGGAUAACAACCUCCUCGGAAAAUUUGAGUUGUCCGGCAUUCCCCCUGCUCCGAGAGGUGUGCCACAGAUCAAUGUCUGCUUUGAUAUAGAUGCUAAUGGCAUCUUGAACGUGACUGCUGAGGAUAAGACCACCGGGCAGAAGAACAAGAUCACCAUCACCAACGACAAGGGCAGGCUGAGUAAAGAAGAGAUUGAGAAGAUGGUCCAGGAGGCUGAGAAGUACAAGGCUGAAGACGAGGAGCACAAAAAGAAGAUUGAGGCGAAGAAUGCCUUGGAGAACUAUGCCUACAACAUGAGGAAUACCAUCAGGGAUGAGAAGAUUGCUGCCAAGCUGCCACCGGCUGACAAGAAGAAAAUUGAGGAUUCCAUCGAGGAGGCCAUCAAUUGGUUGGAUGGCAAUCAGUUAGCCGAGGCAGAUGAGUUUGAAGACAAAAUGAAGGAACUGGAGAGCAUCUGCAACCCCAUCAUUGCCAAGAUGUAUCAAGGUGCAGGUGCUGGAAUGGCGGACGGCAUGGAUGAGGACGUUCCCACUGCUGCUGGUAGUAGCGGCGGCGCAGGGCCAAAAAUUGAGGAAGUUGAUUAAGGUGUUCGGUGUAGUAGUUGGUACUCAUGGUGUGUGCGCAGUUGUUCACCCGAACUUUAGUUUUCGUUUAAGCUCUCUUUCUUUUUUUUCUUUUUUUUUUUUUUUUUGCUUUUGACUCUGCGGUCAGCAUUGUAUCUAUAGUCAUUAUCGAUCGACCCUAAAACUAAGUUGAUUUAGUCU